AUGGGUUCAUCCUGUAGCAGAUCCCAUUCCUUCGACGAGACUGAAGCAGCUGAAAAUGCAAAGUCUGCAGACAUCGACCGGAGGAUUUUGCAAGAAACAAAGGCCGAGCAACACAUCCACAAGCUCUUACUUCUUGGUGCUGGAGAAUCAGGGAAGUCUACAAUAUUUAAACAAAUAAAGCUCCUUUUCCAAACUGGCUUUGACGAGGCAGAGCUUAAGAGCUACACGUCAGUCAUCCAUGCGAACGUGUAUCAGACAAUUAAAAUAUUAUAUGAGGGAGCUAAAGAGCUAGCCCAAGUGGAACCAGAUUCCUCAAAAUAUGUUUUAUCUCCAGAUAGUCAGGAGAUUGGAGAAAAACUAUCAGAAAUUGGUGUCAGGUUGGAUUACCCAUCGCUGAACAAAGAACGUGUACAGGAUGUAAGAAAACUGUGGCAAGAUCCAGCCAUUCAGGAAACUUACUCACGAGGAAGUAUUCUGCAAGUCCCAGACUGUGCACAGUACUUCAUGGAAAGUUUGGACAGAUUAUCUGAAGUAGAUUAUGUACCAACAAAGGAGGACGUGCUUCAUGCAAGAGUACGGACAAAUGGUGUGGUAGAAACUCAGUUUAGCCCUCCAGGAGAGAGCAAAAGAGGCGGAGAGGUCUAUAGGCUAUACGAUGUAGGAGGCCAGAGAAACGAGAGAAGGAAAUGGAUCCAUCUUUUUGAAGGUGUUAAUGCUGUAAUAUUCUGUGCUGCCAUUAGCGAGUACGACCAGAUGUUAUGUGAGGAUGAGACGAAGAACAGAAUGAUGGAGACUAAAGAACUCUUUGAUUGGGUGCUAAAGCAAAGAUGUUUUGAGAAAACCUCAUUCAUGUUAUUUCUCAACAAAUUUGACAUAUUUGAGAGAAAAAUACAAAAGGUUCCUUUAAGUGUGUGCGAGUGGUUUAAAGAUUACCAGCCCAUCGCCCCUGGCAAACAGGAGGUGGAACAUGCCUAUGAGGAAUCAUUUAUUAGGUUUGUAAAAAAGAAGUUUGAGGAACUCUACUUCCAAAGCAGCAAGCCUGACCGUGUCGACCAAGUGUUCAAGAUCUACAGAACAACAGCUCUGGAUCAGAAACUUGUAAAGAAGACAUUCAAGCUGAUCGAUGAGAGCAUGAGGCGCUCCAGAGAAGGAACUUGA